AUGGUCAAAUCGGAUCGUCCUCCUGCCAAUGCCUUUGUGGCUGCUGCUCGCAAGAUCUAUAACCCCAUCGGCUUCUCCAAGGGCUACAACUUUGUCUUAUUCUUCGUCUUUGCAGGAGCAUUGAUGGGGUUUUCUCUUGCCAGGCUGCAGUAUCUCGACUAUGAUGGGACCUUUUGUGGAAAAGAUGGCCAAGCCGGCAUUGGUGAAUGCUACUUUUCCGGCAGAGGAACUCCCAGAAUUGGUCUCUUGAUGCAUCUUGCUACGAUCCUUCCCGCCGGGCUACUCGUAUGCUUUCAGUUUGUUCCAGCAAUUCGGCACAAAGUCAUACUCUUCCAUCGAAUUAAUGGCUACAUAAUUCUGGUUCUAUCGCUCAUCAGUACUGUUGGUGCUCUUAUGGCCGCCAGGCAUGCCUUCGGAGGGGGCUUGGAAACUCAGCUUGGGGUUGGGUUCGUGGGGAUCGCAUUCAUCACAUGUCUGUUCUUGGCGUGGAUCAACAUCAAGAGGCUACAACUGGAACAACAUCGAGCUUGGAUGCUUCGAGGCUGGUUCUACGCCUCGAGCAUUAUCACACUUCGAAUCAUCAUGAUUAUCAUGGCCUCUAUCAUAGGGUCAAGCAACGAUUACUUUCAACCUAGGAUGUGUGCCCAGAUCGACUAUGUUCUUGGGGAAUCCGACACAAGAGCAAGCUACCCCGAUUGCGACAGUUUCUAUACAGGAAAGGACUUGGACAAGCAGGUUCUGGUCAAGGCCGAUAUGGGCGAUGGGAGCUCUGAUAUGGAAGUUGGCGCUUCUCUUGGCCUUGCCUUUGGUCCAGCACUAUGGUUGGCGUUUGUUAUCCACGCGAUAGGAAUCGAGAUCUAUCUGCGACUGACGCCCAUUGAGCAUGAGAGGUUGAGAAACAUAUCCCACCUCAGACAACAGGAGGCCGGGAUGAAUCAUCCUGGAAGAGCUGGACUGACAGCCGACCGACUUGGUGAUGCUACAAUUUGGAGGCCUGUAGAUUCCACGAGGGCACCUGAUGAGGUUACACGACUGAACAAGUAA